CUCUCAUAACGUUGGCUUCAGCUUCAAUCAUGUGGUAAAAAUGAGUGCCAGACGAAAAAUUUCCCAGUACAUCUCUUGCACUACACUGAACUUGUUUAUUUCUAAUUGUUCGAUGAAAAACUUGCGACCGAGGAAAUGCAUUCCCAACCGCCUUCAUCCCCCCUUUGCUCGUCACGCACUGGUCGCCUGCUUUUGCAAAGACAACGUGUCUGUAACGCGCUUAAUUCUGCCUAGGGAAGCGAUGCUAGAUCUGUAUGUUCGUCUAGACGCAAAGUGCGGCAAAUUGCGAAAUUCCAGGUGAGCGUCGAUUGGGCAAUAAUAAUCAAUAGCAUAUGAUAAUUUGCAGUUUUUAAAACCUAGCACACAUAACCACUGAACGGACAAAGCAAAGAAAUUUCAGGCAGGGGAAAAUUUUGGGGAAAUUCCACCAACACUUUUCAAGCAAUUUAUUCAAAAUUUGUCGCUGCCGGAAGAUGUGACUUCGUCAUCACCUCAGAUACGCUAAGAAUUUUGUCGAUAGCACGUGAGGAACGUGGAAAGUCGUUGGAAUUUCAUCCGAAAAUUAGGGCUUCAAUACAGCUACCUAAAACACACAUUUAGUCAUACUUUCCACCUUUUAUGAUCAGAGGGCCAGCCAAGCAAGUCAGCAUUCUUUGAUUUUUUCAUUUAUUUUUUUGCUCUAUUGACGCUUCUCUGGUAUCUUGUCCACUUCUUUUGUGUAUCCAGCCGAUAUUGCCUAUUACAUUGUAGGCG